UUAGGUUUGCUUCUCGUGGGAUCUGGUGGUGACGAGCCAACACAAGGCUUUAAUUGUGCGACCGAGUACAUUCAGUGAAUCUGAGCCAAAAGUUACGGUUUUCUUCACUGGGGCCUAUUGUAACUAUUGUGUCGGGUCCACCCAGAUCCAGUUUGCCCCUCGUUUUGCUCUCCAGCACAAUCAUCCGCUGUUGGCACUGGCUUUCGGAUGUGCAUCGGCAAAAGAUGAAUAAUAAAAAAUUCUUCUACAACAACUACAACAUCCUGCACUGUCUUUCAAACUUCUCCACCUAAACGUGCACCGUGGCAGUGAGGAGAGUCCUGAGACAAAGCGCUUCUCGGGCUGGUGUGGAGUGAGAAGUAUAUAGAUAGAGAUUAGGAAAGUUGCCCAAUCUGUCGGUAGAGGCAAUUUUGUGCGGGGUGUUUGAACUCAAGGGAUUUUAGUCAAAACAUUCCCAAAAAAGACAGUGGUGUUAAAAAUAUAUAAGAAGAAACGUGACAAAACGGAAUAAAGUAAAUCGCCGAGAUAAUUGGAAUAUAUUUUUUGCCGCCCCUCAAAACGGUUCAGGCGAGAGAAGGAAAAAGAAUUAAUAAUUCAGUCGAGAGAAGGCGAAAAGAGAAAGUGAUAUAUAAAUAAUUAAUCGACAUUGUAAAAUAAUUAAGCAAGAUAGCUUCCUAAAAAUUGUGAUAAUUCCUAUUUAAUACAUUACAUUCUCCAUUGGAAUUGAAAAAUCGCAAGAUAUCGCUGGUGACGAGCAGUCGGAUUCAACUGACGACUAUUCUUAUCUUCUCGCUUAACAGUUUUAAUUGGAUUUCGGUAAUAUUUUAGCGUAGUACGUGUACAUCACUGUGAGAGACAGUUGCUAUCAAGGAUCAAUUUGUGCUGUGCGUAUAGCAAGUGCUGACUGACGGGGAGAAGAGCGAGCAAAUAAUUGGGUUACAAUGAUACCAAAAUUCUCAAAGAGGCAAUGGUUAACGCUCAUCAUUAUUGGAUUGGCUGACUUUUUCAAUGCAAUCUGUGUGAGUUUGCAGUCGCCAUUUUUUCCAAAGGAGGCAGAAGCCAAGGGUUGCUCUGCAACGGAAUAUGGGCUGGUAUUUGGCAUCUUCGAACUCGUGGUGUUCUUCAUAUCGCCUUUCUAUGGACGCUACAUCAACAAGCUCGGACCGAAAAUGCUCUUCAAUUCGGGCAUUUUCACAUCUGGAACCACGGCGAUACUCUUUGGUCUGCUUGACCAAGUGCCAGGACACAUGCCAUUCAUCUCAUUGGCAUUUAUCAUCAGGAUAAUUGAGGCACUGGGCAAUGCGGCCUUCCUCACGGCGUCCUUCGCCAUCAUCGCCAAGGAAUUUCCCGACAAUGUUGCUACAACUUUUGCGUCUCUUGAGACUUUCUUCGGACUGGGACUAAUUGUGGGGCCCACCCUGGGUGGCGCCCUGUACGCUGUGGAUGGAUACUACCUGCCUUUCGUGACACUGGGAUCGGCUCUCUUUAUCGUGGGGAUUCUUACAAUAAUUAUACUGCCCCAUCAUUCACAAGAUGCCGGAAUCGCCGCCGAUAAGGCGUCCAUCUUCCGAGUUCUGCGCAUACCGGGCGUCCUGGUGUGCACCCUUGGAAUUUGUGCAACUAGCUCAUCGAUUGGCUUCCUCACAGCAGUCCUAGAACCCCAUGUUCGUCAAUUUGAUCUCAGUCCAGUGCUGCUCGGCCUCGUGUUCGUCAUCAACGGCGGCAUCUACGCCCUCACAGCGCCCAUCUGGGGCUGGAUCGUCGAUAAGUGUCUCAACCCAAAGAUCGCCUCCUUCAUCGGAUGUAUCCUCAUUGCUGCGGCUUUCUGCCUGAUAGGACCUGCCAGCUUCAUUCCGCUCGAAGAAACGCUCCGUGUCAUCAUUACUGGAUUAAUUUUGCAUGGUUUCGGCAUUGCUGCAAUCCUUGUUGCCAGUUUUACAGAUGCACUUAGAACAUCCAUUGCCCGAGGACUUCCGGAUAAUAUUCAGACCUACGGUCUCAUAUCUGGACUCUGGACAUCUACUUUUGCACUUGGCGCCUUCAUUGGACCCUCUGUCAGCGGAUUCCUGUAUGAUCAUGUGGGAUUCAGAAAUGCAGUAAUAUUUGUUAUAGGAGUUCACUCGCUGGUCGGCCUGAUCUUAUUGACCUUCAUCUGCUCCAAGAGUUCCAACAACAACAACAACUACAAGGAGCUCGACGCCACGGAGCCUUUACUUAAAGACAGCAACGGCGGCGCCAACUAUACAAAUGGUCAGACGGACGAAAACAGUAGCAGCACCCCAAUUAAGAGCCAUAGGAAUGGUCAUGUGCUGAUUGGUGGCAGUAUUGGUACGGAGCAGCAAGUUCCCUGCGCCAUGAAUAAUCUAUUGAGAUGUAAUAGUUACAACAGCAACAGCAAACAGAGCCAAUGGUCAAGAUACUGACCGCACUUAUCUCUUCCCGUCCACUCUCGCAGAUCGGAUCAUGAACCCGUGGCCACGUUGGAAUCCCGGAGUUAUGGUACAGUCGAUGUCCAUCCUGUGCGACUGCAGUGUCACGCCUAGAGUUAGAGGAAUUGCACAUGAUAUAGAGUAAUUAUUAUUAUGCUUCUGUGAACUGUGUGUUGAAGCGCGCGAGGCAGGAAAAAAAAUAUUGUGGAAAUGAUCUAUCUCGAUAUAACAACUAAUAUUAAAAAAAAAAGCCAUCUAUUCUUACUCUAUGUAUAUAUAAAAGUACUGUACACUCAUAUAAUUUAUAUAAAGAUGUUCGCAUUCUGUAUUUCUGUGAAAUUACUUUCCAUUUCAGUUGAUAUUCUGUAGUUUACUCUCUGUCUCUUUUGAAUAUCAUGACUCUGUAGUUGAGAGGUUUCCCCGCCUAGCCGAGACACAUUUUACAGUGGAGCGCGAAACGUUUGUUUAUCUCUUUGUAUCUCAUACGAUCACGGUCAGUUGAUGCCAAAAGGAAACCGUGUAUACGAUAGAUAUUAUAAGAUAGUGAAAAUAUUGUAUGUUCACGAGCACUAAGAUACACUGUAAAAUAAGUGAAAUAAAUCAGCAUUCGCAGCCAA